GCACUUAAAAUUACAACAUUUCGUUCCGGUGCUCCGGUACAUAUACAAAGCGAGAAGUAUUUACUGUUAGUGUUGAUAAGUGUCAGAUUUCGCAAUUGCUUUUGGCCUAAAAUUUUACGGACAACACAUGUUUUCAACACUUGUACUGGACGACGGUUUGCGUGACCUAGUUCCAGCUCGAUCGAUUUUAUGAUUUGGUUCGGUGUUCCAGAUUCUCGUUACAGCCUGAAAAAUUAGUAGGACAAACCUGUGCUGUGAUUGGUGCUUGAAUAUAUUAGCCAGAAUAAGUAAAUCGAAUUUCUCUCAGCUGGUGUCGAGGUUGGCGUUAUUAGGCGUGUGUGUUAUUUUUAGGCAGUGUUCUGAACAAAACCGUUAAUUUUUUACAAGGUUGGAUUUUCGUGAUGUGGUUAAGGUGAUAUCCGACAUCUAGUAGAAGCAUUUCAACGUUGAUCCAAGAAGACGCACGCACGUUGAGCUCUCGUUCAGGCCGUGGUUUUCGGCAUAAAAUACGAUUCUCAUCGUACAUUCAAAAACUGCCGCACUAAGUUGGGUGAACGAACAGGAAAAAAGGGAAACAUGUUCCUAACGGCGACGCAACACGUGGUCCUUGCGGCGGCGGCGGAGGCUGCCUCUUGCCUAAAACAAUACGCUCCAAAGUGCUCAGCGACUGUGUUGGUGUGCAAACAGCAGCAGCUCUACGGCCGCUACAGUGUCGCCAUCAGGGGAAAAUGUCACAAUCGCGACGCGGUAUUACAACGCGGGACAACAACUGUGCGACCAGUUGCUUCUGAUCUUCGGUGCACGCAGGAGGCAGUCUUUACGGGCUGUUUCGUCGGAUCUAAUCAACAGCGGGUCUUCAUUUCAAGAUCCACUGCUCAACCAGUAUCGAUAGCAAGGGUGACCGCCAGCAAAGGACAAAUUAGAAAUAUGGCUACUCACGUUAAGCCCCGCUUGAUCGCCGUGGAAGAAGCUCGACGUUUCAUGGUCGAUUGCUUCGUCAAAUCGAAGACACCUUUGGAGCACGCCAAGCAAAUGGCAGAUCUACUGGUGGAGGCCGACUACCGAGGACACUUCAGUCACGGUAUGAACCGGUUGGAAAUGUACAUCAAUGAUCUGCAUAUAAAUUCCUGCAAUGGAGCAGCAGUGCCAACGGUGUUGAACGACACGCCAGCGGCAGCAUGGGUCGACGGUAAUAAUGGCUUGGGAGCUGUAGUAGGUAACUUUUGUAUGGAUCUCGCCGUCAAGAAAGCUAAGGAAGUUGGUGUAGGGUGGGUUGUUGCAAAACGGUCCAAUCAUUAUGGUAUUGCUGGAUGGUACACGUUACGUGCAAUGAAGUCGAAUUGCAUAGGUAUUUCAAUGACUAACACAUCGCCAUUAGCUAGUCCAACCAGAAGUAAAGAAGCCGCUCUAGGAACCAAUCCAUUGUCUGUUGGUGCUCCAGCUGAAAAUGGAGACGGAUUUGUACUAGAUAUGGCGACAACUGCUGUAGCUGUAGGAAAGAUUGAAAUGCAACGCCGCAAAGGUGAACCGAUUCCGGUUGGUUGGGCACAAGAUCCAUCUGGUCAUCCGACCACAGACGCGAACGUCGCCUUCGAUACCGGCUGUCUGAUGCCGCUGGGCGGCACAGAACUUACUUCCGGCUACAAAGGUUACGGUCUCUCUGCGAUGGUGGAAGUUUUCUGUGGUAUUAUGGCCGGAUCUAACUAUUCUACCAAAGUGCGGAAAUGGACUCAUGCCGGUGCUGACUCGGAAGCCAAUCUAGGACAAUGUUUCGUAGCGAUCAACCCCGGCUGUUUCGCACCCGGUUUCGAAACGAGGAUGUCCGAUUUAAAUAGUAUUUUGCGGAACAUGCCUAGGACUGAUGAAUCGAAGCCGGUUUUGGUGGCUGGAGAUCCGGAAAAGAACCAUAUGAAGAAAGUAGAUGAGGAGGGAGGGUUGGCCUAUCAUGAAAAUCAAAUCAAAACGUGCAACCAGCUGUCCGAACGGUUGGGAGUUACUCCAAUUGCAUUCGUUUGAAAUAUUAAGCAAGACAUUGCUUAAAUAUUCUAAAUCUGCCUACCUGCCUGAUAUGAAUGUUAAUUCUUUAUGCUCGUUAAUUGAGUAUUGGGCUAUAAUGUUGAUACAUCUUCCGCAUCACCCGCCAAGAUGAUUUGGGUUUAGAGAAAGUUAAAACCAAAAAAUCGUUUGCUUUUGGCUUUCAAGCCUGCUAUGGGAUUUAUCCCCUUUUCUUCAUUCCCCUCUCUUUGGGUCA